UUUCAACACUACUAUAUAACAAAUAAUUUGAGAAUUGUAAAAGAGAGAUGAGAUUAUAAUGAUAAAGAAGGGGACACUAUGUCUCAGGACUAUUCUCGCGAAUUGUGGUAUGUAGGUAAGAUCACCAGAGCGGUUACAAACCAGUUAUUGCUGGACAAAGAGUCAGGAUUAUACCUUGUCAGGGACUCUUCAACAUGCCAGGGAGACUACGUGUUGUGUGUCAGUGAAAACAACAAAGUCAGCAACUACAUUAUAAACUCGAAGCCGAAUGGCUGUUACAAGAUUGGUGAAAACAUCUUUGACAGUCUACAGAAAGUAAUUAAGUUCUACACCGACAGCCUUUUGGAUACCACCACUCUCAAGAGGAUUGUUGUUAUUGAGAAAGUCAGGGGCAAAUACGAUUUUCCCGGAAGGGAUGAAGAAGAUUUACCUUUUAGAAAGGGUGAACUUUUGUACGUGAUAGAGAAACCAGAGGAGCAGUGGUGGGAAGCCCUUAAUCAAGAAGGAAAAACUGGCAGUAUUCCAGCACCAUAUGUUACGGUCGAGAGCACAGUACCGCCACCAGUAUCCACGCCGGUAGCAGAAUCGGCAGUGCCAGUACCGCCUCCCCAGCCGGCAGCAGUUCCUCUGUCCGCGCCCCUCCAACCUCCUCCUCCCCCUCUUAACAGCAUGCCCCGUACCUCCAGCAACGCAAGUGGCUCACCGGUAACAGCUGUUGCAAUUAUGGACAGGAACCCUAGUGCAUACGAUCAGAAAUUCCUAGCUUUCAAGGCUGGUGAUAUAAUAAGGGUUACAAAACAGAACGAAGAUGGUUUAUGGGAAGGGGAAUGCGAGGGGAGAACUGGACUUUUCCCCUUUAAUCAUGUUAAAGUUCAAGCAUCUUAGGAUUAGAUCUAUAAUAAUAGUGUGCCAUACCUACCAACCAACCAACCGACUGAUGAAAUUGGAGCGAUUGUCGUGUUGUUCCCAACUAUUGCUAAGACGCGUGAUUGUAUUAUUAUGGUGUGGUGUAGACCAACACGAUUUGAUUGUUUUAAUUUCCAACACUCACGAUGUCGGUCACGUGUUUUAACAAUAGAUGGGGAUAUCACUGUUUAAUGCAUUGUGUGUUUAUUUAGUCGACUUAUUUUCUCAUAUAUAUUAUCAAAUCGACGUAGCGUGAACUAAGGAACUCAUUUAGAUAUUCACAGAGAUUUAUUGUGUACCUACCUAGUGUAUGACACAAAGUAUAUGAGCUUUAUUUUGCUAUUAAUUAAAUUCUGCGAUGAUGACUCUUAACCGCAUGGAUAUUGAUUUUUGAAUGUUACCCUGUGUACUUAACGUUUGGAAUAUUACGCUAGUCGAUUUGAGUUUUGUUGAUGAAGUUGUGGCGUUGAGCUCCGUUAACAUUAAUUUAGCGCUGAUUCUUUAUUGAACGAAUCUUGUUUCGUGACGAUUAACGUUUAAGAUUUAUACUCAAGUCUAUCUGUUUUUCGUUCAAUUGAUUUUUGUAAAUGGUGAUCAUUUUUCUCUGAGCAGUUCAGUAACAUGUACAGCAAACUGGUUUAUCUUUAAAAGUUUUUCACGCAGUUUUAUCCGCUUCUAUGAACCUAACACUUUAACAGAUCUCAAAAGAUGGUUUUAAAAUCUUCCAGAAUCUGAGAUGAACAUAUUGACGAACUAAUCUGCUUUAUUUUUAUACGAUUUAAGUGUGUUCAACUCUUCUUA